AUGCAGAUUGCCACUUCGGAACAAUGGAAUAACCACACUGCCAUAACGGAGUUCAUCCUGCUGGGAUUUGGAGAAGAUCAUGAGUUCCAGAUUGUUCUUUUUCUGUUGUUUGCGGUGAUCUACAUUCUUACCCUGACAGCAAACAUCCUCAUUGUUAUAUUGGUGGUGUCCGAUCAGCAUCUUCACACACCCAUGUACUACUUCCUAGGGAAUUUGUCCUUCUUGGAGGUCUGUAAUAGCUCAACCAUUCUGCCCAAGAUGCUGGCAAGAUUCUUAACUGGGGACAACUCCAUUUCUGUUUGGGGAUGUUUCACACAACUGUUUUGCUUUGGUUGCCUUGCCGGUAUUGAAUGUUACCUUCUGUCGCUGAUGUCUUUUGAUAGGUAUGUUGCUAUAUGCAAACCACUUCAUUAUGCAACUAUUAUGAAUGGCAGGAUCAUUCUGUACCUUCUAGUAGGUUCUUGGCUAUGUUCAGCAUCUAUUUUAAUUCUCACCAUAUCUAUGAUUUCACAAUUAUCUUUUUGUGGCCCCAACGAAAUUGACCACUUCUUCUGUGAUUUCAGCCCACUACUCCAACUCUCCUGCGGUGACAUAAGCCAUAUCAAAUUAUUGCCUUUCAUAUUUGGACCAAUUGAUAUACUACCUCCAUUCAUAUUAACCAUCACUUCUUAUGUUUGCAUAAUUACUGCCAUCUUGAGAAUUUCAUCUGCCACUGGUAGACAAAAAGCUUUUGCCACUUGUUCCUCUCACCUCAUUGUGGUCACUAUUUUCUAUGGGACACUAAUGAUUGUGUAUAUCUUGCCAAACACCAGCACACUCAGAGCUCUUAAAAAGGUAUUUUCUAUUCCAUACACUGUCCUGACCCCUAUGGUGAAUCCCCUCAUAUACAGUCUGAGAAACAAAGAAGUGAAGGAAUCUUUUAAAAGGACUGUACAUAGAUUCAUCUGUUUUAAUGAAAUUAAGAAAUUUUAG